CUACCUGCAAGAGCGUCAAACUGUAGCAACGUAUAAGAAGCAGACACUCGCACUUGCACGAUGGCUUUUUGUGCGAUGGACUGCUGAGUUCUACGCACGCGAAAUUUAAUGCGCCUGUGAAAUGAAAUUAUUUGCUCCGAUUAUUAUUUUUUUGCUCCGCACUUGUUGUGAGAUAAAUAUCGUUCCAUAGAAAGUAAAGUAACUGCACAAAGACUGAAAGGAAGAUUGAGAAGUUUGAAGGAGAACGAGCAGGAUGAGGACAGCAAAAAGAAAAAGAGAGGGCAAAAGGAAACAGUGUAAAGAAGAAGUGAUGAUGAUGGAAAUAUUGAAAGACGGAAGCAGGAGAAACGUAAGGAACCAGGAGGAGAACAUGGAGGAUGAUUUGGAGUUGCCUCUACCUACUGGACAGGAAAACUUUGCAGUCUGGUGUCAAGAUGUGUACCAAUCUUAUGGCAAACUGAAGGCUCUCUGCAACAUGAGCCUUGCUGUGCCACAGGGACAGAUUUAUGGCCUUUUGGGACCCAGCGGAUGUGGGAAGACCACACUUCUGAAAUGCAUUGUGGGAGCCUUGAAAAUCUCACAGGGUCACAUUACUGUUUUGGGGAAGCCGCCUAAGUUUCCGGGUCACAAAGUUCCAGGGAAGAAAGUUGGAUACAUGCCACAGAAAUUGGCGCUGUACAGUGAGUUUACCAUCAGUGACACCCUGAUCUUCUAUGGCCGAAUUCAUGGCCUGACAUCUAAGAAGAUCCAGGAGCGCAUGAAUCAUCUCAUUGACGUUCUGGAGCUACCUCAGAAGACCAGCCUGGUUCAAAAUCUCAGUGGGGGUCAGCAGCGAAGGGUGUCUCUUGGGGUGGCUCUGCUGCAUAAUCCAGAGCUGCUCAUCCUCGAUGAACCAACAGUGGGAGUAGACCCUGUGCUCAGAUCUAAGAUCUGGCAACACUUGGUAGAGAUUGUGAAGAUGGGAAAAGUCUCUGUUAUCAUCACCACACACUACAUAGAGGAGGCCAGGCAAGCCAAUAUGGUUGGUCUCAUGAGAAACGGCCAGUUGCUGGCUGAAGAUCCUCCAGAUGCCAUCAUGCAGCAGCACUGUUCAACAACCCUGGAGCAUGCCUUCCUGCAACUAUGUGAAACAUCAGAUAACGAGAACGACCCUAAACAAGAGUCAAGUCCUCCAGAUGGAACGUUAGAGAGCCAGCCAUUUCCUAGAGUUGGAUCUCCACCUGCAGAGGAAAGCCUCAAAGGUUCGGUGGACUGGAAGGUGCGAGCCAGACACAUGCUGCCAAAGUGGAGGAACAUCGCUGCCCUGAUGAUCAAAACAUUUGUGCGACUGAAGAGAAUGCCAGGCUCUCUGUUUCUCCAGUUCAUGCUGCCUGUCAUGCAGAUCACAGUCGUCUGUCUGUGUGUUGGAGAACCAAAAGGAAUCCGGGUUGCUAUAGUGAACAAUGAGACUUUAUUCCCCUCUGUGAGCAAAUCACUCCUCUCCUUCCUCGACAACUCCAGUGUGCAACAGGUGAGCCUGUCCCACCAAGAAGCUUUUGAGGGGAUCUAUAAUGGAAAGUACUGGGGUGUAAUCACCUUUGGCAAGAACUUCACCAGCUACCUGAUUAAACGGAUGGUCGAGCAACAGGUUUCUCGAGAGAUAAUUGAUGGAGGAUCAGUGCAUAUCUGGCUGGAUGAGACAAAUCAACAAAUUGCUUUCAUGCUGCAGAAGAAAUUGCAGGAGGCCUUUAAGGCCUUUGUGGAUCAUAAUUUGGGUGACAGGGCGUAUCAGGUUGCCCUGCCAGUAAAGUUUGAGAAGCCCAUCUACGGCAGCCAAAACAAAGUCUCUGCUGCAUUUGUGACACCUGGCGCUGCACUCAGUAUUAUGUUCUACCAGGCCAUUGGUCUGACAACACUCGCGUUUGUUCUGGAGAGGAAAGAGGGGCUGUUGGACAGAUGCUUUGUUUCAGGCAUGAGGUCUUUUGAGAUGAUACUGGCUCACCUCUUCUCUCAGCUGUUCAUCAUCAGCGUUCAGAUCAUCCUGCUGCUUCUUAUGAUACUGCUCGUCUUCAAGAUACCUAAUGAAGGCUCUUUGGUGCUCAUCAUAAUUCUGAUGGUGCUGCAGGGUGUCACAGGCAUCUCAUUCGGCCUCGUCAUCUCAUCUGUCGUUGACGACGAGCAGAAUGCCCUCCAGGCCGUUGCGGGACUGUUCCAGCCCAAUCUUCUACUUGGUGGUAUCAUCUGGCCCGUGGAAUGUAUACCGUAUCCUCUUCGCUACGUUAGCCUGGUCCUACCUCUGACCUACACCACAGAAGCCCUUCGCUGUAUCAUGUACAGAGGCUGGGGUUUGUCUCGGAUGAUGGUGUGGCGAGGCUUUGCUGUAACCCUGGGUUGGAACACUUUCUUCGUCAUCCUGGCGACAGUCAUCCUGAAGCUGCGGAUGUGACAGCCUCACCCCACAGAGCCUCCCUCAGAACGGGGGGGUGGAGGUGUCAAGCGAAGCCCUGAAGUCAAAGACUCACCUCGGCCUGUUUAAAUGGAAGUGUACAUUUGGGAUUCUUCACACAGAAAUACACAAGCUGUAAUAUAUGCAGUAUGUUAUCUAGGGAUCAUAUAGGAUCUUUUAAUUUGUUUCACUUCUAUCUGCACCUUCUAUAAAAGUACAGUCAGAUAUUUUUUUAAGUGUGUAAUAGAAAAAAGGAUAUUGUACUCAUAAAUAUACAAAGAUUAGUGUAAAUUAAAUUUUCCAACAAAAUGAUGUAUUGUUCUUGAUGUUUUGUCUUUAAUACUACAGGAUUGAUUUUUUUUUCAAGUGGCGCAGUCCAUGUUGGGGGUGGGUGGCUGGUGAAUGUACUGAAUGUAACAGUGUCUUACAUGUAAAUGUAAGACACUGUUUUUUGUCCUUAAAGUAUAUACUGUCUAUCCUACAUGUAUUUGCAUUAUAAAGACAAAUCCAUUCAAUUUUAUAUGUUCAAAAAAAAGAAUCUUAGCACAACAGAAGCUUUUUGUCCACAAGAAAAUGUGAAAAUGUUUUCCAAGCAGAGAACCUGAGUGGAGGAUUGUUGCAUAAUGUCGUGGGACUAGUUUUAAAGUGCUGAUUGCAUCAUGUUGCUCAGAAGGUUCUCACCCAUUCAGACUUCCCACAGAAACACCAUCUUCUCUAUCUGCUCGCUUUUAAUGUUUGUGUUCAGCUUUUUGUCCUGUCUGUUUAUGACUUGACAGGAAGUGGUUGCAUCUCACCGUGUUACCAGGUGCUGCAAAAUCGUCACGUAGAGGUGCAUUAUCGCUGUUGACUGUUCAGCCUGAAGGUUUUCUCAUUUUUUGGUGUGCCUGCAUCUCUUUUAGGAGGAGAUUGGUGAUGGGGAAAGUAUUGGUACUGUAUCUGUUUUUUAAUUAUUAUUUCUCUCUACUUUGCUGGACAGAGUGGAGGUUCUUGGACAGAUUUCCUUUCGCUGGUAUAUAGCUGUACUAAUCCAUACAAAUUUAUUUUUUACAAAGACAUUUAAUUUGCUCAGACUUUUUAUUAAUCUUUCUUUAAGAAUAAUACAGAUUAAAAGCACACAGGAGUAAUGCUGCUUUGAAUUAAACAUGUUAUGGAAAGUAGGGAGAAAAAAAGGGAAGAAAAAUCAAAUGAAAAUACAGAAAUAAGGUGUUUAUAGUCAGAAAGCUUGGUUUUCCUUCCUUUUUUAUGUAGAAGUAAACUGCAAUGAAGAAAUUUUAAUCUUGAAUGGACUUUUGGGGGUGUUUUGACAUGCUGUAACAGAUACCACUCUUUGUUUUGUGGGGUAUAUUUCCAAUUAGAGGUUAGAAUAAACAAUGAUGAAAACAAUUUUAAAACAAGACAUGCCUAUAUCUCACAGGUUGUUUAUUUUUCUGUCUUAAAUCUACAUCAUAGGUGCAUCAUAACCAAAAACCAUGCACAAUAACCUGAUGUGCACCUCCCCAGCAAUGUAAUUAUAUCUCUUGCUGCUCUGCUGUACAUUCAUCAGUGUUCCUGUCGCACAUUUUAAGGGACAUUGUGUUCUUGAUUGGUAGAAAUAGGGGAGCGUUGACUUAUUCGUCUUAAUUAAACAGCUUUCUGUGAUGUUCAGAGGACUUCUAAAUGGACUUCACUGUAUUUUGCCAAACUGUGAGGAUAUACUGUAGCUCUGUUCAUAAUCUUACCUCUGUGCCUCAGUUGACUUUUGUCACACGGUAAUGUGUCUUUAUAUAAGAUCAUGUUAAAGUGGUGGUAAAUUGUUACAGCUCAAGUAAAACUGUUGCUGAUUCUGUAAAGAUGCUUUUGUUUGUUUGGUUUGUUCUUGGAAAGCUGAUAUAUUGUUGCCAAAAACUCAGUUUGAUCUGUGUAAAAUGUCAGAUUUUUGUUCAAAAGUGCUUUGUAUCGAUUAGUGAGUAAUAAUCUUGUGUUCACUACUUACAUUUACUUUCCCACACUCCAGUUGGAAAUGUAAGUACAAGACCAGCUAAAUAAUAUGUAAAAGCAAACAUCUAAACAAAGGUCUGCAUGUCUUUGCAUCUUAUGAUUUACAUGAACUGCAAUGAUCCAACUAAAGAUCCUGAUUUAAAUUAGCUAUGGGGAUUCUCCUGUAUUGGUCCUAUAAUGCUAACGAUAUCUCAAGAACAAGCAUAUCAAAUUAAAUAUUUUAGACUUUGGUAAGACGGAUGCAGCACAACAGUGGCAAAAUUGCUUGUUUAGUCAUUGAUUAUAGACUCGAAUAGCUA